AUGGAUCAACAUUUAUUUAAUGUUUCAAAUAAUUCACAUUCUCAUGGUUUUAGACAUUUAUCAACCGAUUCGAUAAGAAUCUUUUUAAUCGGUAUAUCAUCUAUUGAUAUUAACCGUUUAAUUGAAUGUACUACAAAAUCAUUAGGCUAUCGUUUUAUCAAUAUGAACGAUGAAAUUAAAUCGAAAAUAAGAGGAAACAAUGAAAAUGAUUCUGAUUCAUUUCGUAAACUUCAAUUAAAUACAUUUAUGAGCAUACUCGAAAAUCUGAAUAAUAUUAAUGUUAUAAUAUGGUGUGGAGAUAAUCUUAUUGACACCGUUGAGAUUCGUGACAUUUUACGUCUACAAAAAUUUGUCGUUUAUUUAAAUCAAAUUCAAAAUAAUACUAUAAAGAAUUCUACAUUUGCUGAUAAUAAUCGUCGUACCUCUAUUAACAUACAUAAUAAUUAUGAAAAUCGUAAAUUAGUCUAUCGACAAUGUUCUCAAUAUGAAUUUUGUAUUUUGAAAGAUGAAAAUGAUUGGACAUUGAUAGAAAAGAAUUUAUGUUAUUUACUAAAGACGAUUACAAAUAAUAAACGUCGAUUAAAAUCUGAUCCAAGUUUUUUUCUUUCUUUAACUUCAAAUAAUCUAUUAACAGUUGAUAAAGAUAAAUUUCAAUCGAUUAUCAAAGGAUGUGAUGCUAUUGAAUUAAGAAUUGAUUUACUUGAUUCAUAUGAUAUAGAUUUUAUUGGUCAACAAAUAUCUUAUAUACGUAAAAAUGCUUUUUUAUUACCAAUUAUUUAUACAGUUCGAAGUCAAUCACAAUAUGGAAAAUUUAUUAAUGAUGAACAAUUAAUUUUUCAUUUAUUAACAUAUGGUAUAAGAUUUGGUUGUGAAAUUAUUGAUGUUGAAACUUGUUGGAAUGAUACAUUAAGAUAUGAAUGGUUAAAUAAAAAUAAAGAUAAACAUGCAAAUAUUAUUGGAUCUAUACAUGCUGAAAAAUUUGAUAAUAUCGAACAAAUGUUAAUGAAAUGUUCACAUAAUGGUCUAGCUGAUAUUAUUAAAAUUGUUAUUAAUUCAAUAGAUAUAAAAUAUAUAUUACAGUUUACUAGUAUUUGUAAAUCAUUUAAAUUAGAAAGUCAUCAAAAUAUACUUUCAUUAUGUAUGGGUAAUAAAGGCAAAUUAACUCGAGUAUUAAAUGUAUUUAUGACACCGGUUACACAUCCACUUUUAUCAUAUGCAUCAGCAAAAGGACAAAUGAGUGUCGAAGAAACUCAAUUAUUACGUCAAUCAUUAGGUCUUUUAGAAUCGAAAAAAUUCUAUUUAUUUGGAAAACCAAUUGAACAUUCAUUAACACAAUUAUUACAUCAAACAGGAUUUGAUUAUUUCUAUUUACCUUAUAAAUAUGAACUAUGUGAAACAGAUAAAUUCGAUAUGAUUGAAUCUAUUAUUAAACAAACAGAUUUUGGUGGAGCUAGUAUUGCAAUGUCUUUAAAACAAUUUCCAUUAGAACUUAUAGAUUAUGUAAAUGAAUCAGUGAAUAUAACUGGAAUUAUGAAUACAAUCGUCAAAUUAGACAAUGGUCAAUUGUAUGGAGAUAAUACUUAUUGGAAAGCCAUCUACACAUUAUUAGAUAAUAUAUUAGUAAAGUCAAUCAGAAGUGAAUAUAAUGUUCUUAUUCUUGGUACGAGUGGUAUGGCUCGAACUGCAUUAUAUGCUUUGAAAAAACUACAAUUUACUGGUACGAUAUUCUUAUAUAAUCCUCGUAAUCCAGCAAAGGCAAAAGAAUUAGCUAAAGAUAAUAUCAUUGCUGUAAAUGAGCAAAGUUUUCUUGAAAAUCAGAAUAUAUAUUUGAUCAUAUCUACAUUACCAUCAAUCAGCACAUUUACAUUCGACGAGAAAUUUUUUUUUCAUCAAACAAAUAAUUUGCCAAUUUUAUUUGAUGUUAACUAUGUUCCUUAUCAUACUUGUUUAACUAGACAAGCACAAAAAUUCAAUUGUCGUCUCAUUCGUGGUAUUGAUAUGUUUAUCGAACAAAGAUUCGAACAAUUUCAAUUAUGGACAAAUAAAGUUCAUCUUGUCAGAUCAUUAUUGGAACAGAUUGUUAAACAAAAAUACGAUGAAUUGUAUAUACAAUCAUUUGAUACCUAA